AUGUGUUGGAGGCAGAAUGACAGCUGAGCUGCGGGUUGUACGGUACAGCAGAGUGCGGUCCAUAGCGCCGUCAACACUCUUUCACGCACUUUAAACAGAACAGCUGACACUUUUAUACCGAGUGGCACCUUUUUUCUGCCACCCCGCCGCCGUGUCAGAGUUAAACUAAGGACGCUACCUGGUCGAGGUUGAGGAUUUUUACAAAACUGCUUUAUCAAGAAAGAAAAAGACCCGUGUCCGGAUGUUGUAGCAGUAUUGGCUUUUUUCCUCGCAUGGCGUAGACACCUUUUUUCUGAAGCGGGGUAUUGUUGAUGUUUGACUGGUUGAAGAAGGCCCUCGGGUCGGCAUUAACUUGUAAAAUCACUACGUGUUCGCGUGAGGAAUAUUCGACGAAAUGAUUGUGCAAUAACAAAGGAAGAGGCACAAUUAAACCGUCUAGGCUGCCUCGCUCGGUGUUCUGACUGAAACGAGUCACCGGGAGGGAGUACAUUGUGUCUGUCCUGCUCUAAACCCAACGAAGAGCGUCCUUUUUCAUUUUUGUUUAUUAGUGAGUUUGUUGGAGGUUUUACGAGGCCAAGGAAAAGAGGAAACGUUUAUCUUCUUGUGUGAGGGUGUUUAUGUUCGCGUGAAUCCUUCAGAGGACCGGGAAAACCUUCAAGAUGCCUGGCAGCAUCCCUGUAGACAUGAUAAAUCUUCGAAUUAUUCUAAUCAGCGGGAAGACAAAAGAAUUCCUUUUCUCUCCCGACGACUCUGCAGCAGACAUUGCCAAACAUGUUUAUGACAACUGGCCCAUGGACUGGGAAGAGGAGCAGGCCAGCAGUCCAAACAUCCUGAGGUUGAUCUACCAGGGACGUUUUCUACAUGGCAAUGUAACACUAGGAGCUCUCAAGCUGCCCCUGGGGAAGACCGCAGUGAUGCAUUUAGUUUCCAGAGAGAAUUUGCCUGAGCCAAAUUCCCAAGGACAAAGGAACAGAGAGAAGACCGGGGAGCAUAACUGCUGUGUCAUUCUGUAAAUACUCACCUCUGCUGCCGGCGCCCCGUUCUUCUUGUCCGUUCACACCGCUGACGCCCUGAUCCCAAGGAGCUUGUCCCCUGGUCCUGAAGCCUAUCCGGAGUGUGGACAGAAAAAUGCACACCUUUCCCUUUUUGUUUUCCUCUGCACUUCACGCACACACAUACAUAAGACGAUAGCAGGUCCGAGAUGCAGGAAUCGGGGAACUGAUUAACAAUAGAGUUGAUUUCUUUGUUGUAUUUGAUUUGAUGUCAUAACCGAAAAUUAGAGGAAGGAACUGGAUUCGCAUGUUUGUUUUUGUCUUUUCCUCUGAAUCCUUCUGCACGCCGUUCACACACCUCCUCCUCAGCUGGUCUCUCCAGUCCGUUACUAACUGUGUCAUCGAUGAAACAGAGGCCAAGUUUGUGUGUGGUCUCUUUGUAUUUCAUACAGGCGACCGAGAAUUUGAACCACUAAGCUCAUCGUGACGACAACCUGCCUCAGCGCAGCAGACAAAGACGUGCCUGAUCAGAAACCUCCAACACACACUCGCACAGAAACACACCUGCUGUCUCCUUUACUGCCCUCUACAUGUGCCCUUAAAGGUUACGUGAGAGAAAUGAGUUAUUUUCAUCUUAUUUCAACCAAAUGAAGCCAAACAGAUAAACAGUAUUAGUGAGAUUUGCCUUGGAUAUUUGUUUGUCCCCGUUUUUGUGACUGAGUUUUGUUUUGACUUCAUGCAUAUUACCGAGCGAGCAGAGUGGCGUUCUGAUAACGAAACCAUUCUUCUCACACCAUCCCGCUCUCAUCCGGUUCCCUUUUUUAUUGGUGAAUCUUGUGAAUGAUCGCUCUGCAGAAACGACAGAGAAGUCUACCCUUUUCUGUCUUAAUUUUCUUCUUUUCUUCCCUUAAAUCUGCAUUAAAUAAGAAAAAGUCUGUUUUGCACAACUGAAGCAUGUGCUCUUUCAUUUGAUUAAUGCAAAUGUAUGAAAAUGUUUUAUUUUGUAUGUUUCCAAUGGAAGUGCUGUUCCAAACUAAAGUAACAAGUAGAAUAAUAUUUAAUAUGAAUCUUCUAUAGAACAUGGCAAUCCUGGUGGUAUACAUUAUGUUGGUGUUUAGUGCGAUUAUGUUUAAGGUUAGUUGCUAGCCAGUUCACAGUCGCUCACUGAUGAUGUCAUGUGUUUUAACAACAAAUCCUCCAAUCACUGAUGAACUGAUGAACUUUUUAUCUUUUAUUUGUUCUGUGCAGUUUUCUUUUUCUCUUUUGUUUAUAAUUUAAUAUAAUCGUUUUUCUUGGUGUGAUUUUUGUUUCUUUGCUUUAAAUAAUUGCUUUUUAACAGCACUAGGUCUUAAAGAUUAUUGUUUAUAUUGAUCAGGGUUCAAAUCUGUACAGAGAUAAACAUUUUCUAUUGUAAAUGGCACUAAUGCUCCCCCUCCUUCAGUCUUCACAAAUGGAAAACAUCUGUAAACUAAAUAAAGAUUAUUGAAGUGCG